UCUUGACAACUGGUGUCCAGCAGUCAGCAUGGGUGACAUGGAGAAUUGGCCAGAAAUAGAGAAAGCGGCGACAGAGAAGAGGCGAGAACUGGUCUUUCAGGGUCCAGCUUUCGACGAGAGGAUCUCCGCUGACGGGGGACUCGCCUCUGUCCUCUAUUCCCUCACCCUGCUCAAUUAUCUGGAAGUUAGCCAGUGCCCGAGUUUGACAGAGAUCCACGAGGACAUCCAGCGUCUGACGAACCUCCAGAGCCUCAUCCUGUGCAGGAACAGGCUCGCCUCAGUCCCCAAUGUCGUCGGGAAGCUCAAGUCCUUGAAGGUCCUGGACCUCUCAGUCAACAACCUGAGCAGUUUACCGGAGGGGAUCACUCAGUUGAAGGAGCUAACUACUCUCAAUGUGAGCUGUAACAGCCUGGAGGUCCUGCCGAAGGGGCUGACCCAGUGCACCAGGCUGUCCAACAUCAACGUCUCCAAGAACCGCCUCACCGGCUUCCCCGCUGACUUCUACUCCGAGAAACUGGAUCUCCUCAGCAUACUGGUCGCCUCUGACAACUCCAUUGAACAGCUGAGUGGGGAUGUUCACAAGCUAGCUGCUCUGAAGGUGCUGGACCUCUCUAACAACAAGCUGAAGGAGAUCCCCGCCGAUCUGAGCGACUGCGCCAAGCUGAAGGAGAUCAACUUCAAAGGCAACAAGUUGAACGACAAGCGGCUGGAGAAGAUGGUCAACGGCUGCCAGACCAAGUCCAUCCUCGACUACCUCAGGGGGAAAAAAGGAAGAGAGGAAGGAGGUGAAGCGGACGGGGGUCGCAAGGCAGAAAAGGGGAAAAGGCAGCAGAGGAAGAAGAAGGGGGCCGACGACCAAGAUGAGGUGGAGGAACUGAACAAGAUGGUGGUGAGGGUCCUCCAUGUUUCGGACAGUCCCGCUGCACUCUCGGUCACGGUGAGUGCGGAGGUGAAAGAUGUCCGACCGUACCUGGUGUGCUGCGUGGUCAGAGGCAUGAACCUAAAGUCUGGGAACGCUCUCAAACGGUUCCUGGUGGCUCAGACAAAGCUUCAUGAUGACUUGUGUGGUAAAAGGACCAUCGCCACCAUUGCAACUCACGAUGUGCAACUUAUCAAAGCUCCACUGGCGUAUGAUGUCAAACCACCUACCCAGCUGAAGGUUGUGUCGCUGGGUCGCAAGGAGAUGACGGCCGUGGAGCUGAUAAAACACCUUCAGGUCGAGGCCGACGAGCUGAGGAAGCAGAAGAAGAGGCAGAACGUCACUGGCCUCCACAAAUACCUGCAGCUUCUGCAGGGAAAAGCCAUGUAUCCCUGCCUAGUGGAUGCAGAGGGACAUGUCAUCUCAUUCCCUCCUAUUACCAACAGUGAGAAAACCAAGAUCAAGAAGACGACCAAAGAGUUGUUCUUGGAGGUGACGAGUGCAGCCAGCCUGCAGACCUGUAAAGAUAUUAUGGACGCUCUGAUUGUGAAAAUGGCAGAGUUGAACAAGUUCACGGCGGAGCAUCGGGAGGAGGCGGGGUCAGAUGGGGAAGCGGAGGGCCCACAGGACCCGGCCGCCAGCAUUGAGCCCUCCAGCGAACUGAUCGUGCAGCAGGUCCGCACAGUGGACCAGGACGGAAACCUGAAAGUCGUCUACCCGUCAAAGACCGACCUUUGCAACGACAUCAGCAACUUGACCGUCAUCUGGUAGACGUUGGUGUAGAUAACCUCUGAUCUUUACACUCGGUCAAAUGAAGUCAUUUUUAAAGAUUAACAUUGUGGGACAUUAAGGCUAAGGUUUGACAACAUGCAGUUUGCUUGUUGGCGAAUGUGUUUGGAAAGCUUUGUUGUUGGUAAAUCUUUUUGCUGCUUCCUGAAAACACGAUCAAUAUGUCAAAAUGUAUGACCAAAUAUACUUAUUUUGUAUUAUUUACAAACUGAAGACAAGUUGUCUGUACUGAAAGGUCAUUUUUGUUCAACUCACAUCAACUUUAACUCUGGCUGGUCACUUGUCUGUAGUACUGGAAGAUUUGUGUUACUAUCACCUUAUAAUAGUGUAACUUUCCCUUUAAGCAGCAGCAUAAUGUCUGACUUAGACUUAAUAAAAUGUACUCCUGUUUUCA